AUGGACAAAAUAAUCAUUGAGAUGGGCGGUAGUCCGCAAUUUCUCAGUGGAUACAUUCUUCCAAGUGCGAUCACUUCCAUUUUUCUAGUAGCUGCACUUACCUUUUUCUUUUGGCAAUCACCAACGGAGUCAAAUCAAUUUCGCAUCAACAUGGAGUCCAAUGCGACUGUAACUUCAGAACUAGCUAAGGAUCCGAAUCAGAGAGCCUCAUCAGUCUUUAAGAGUAUAUGCCGUGAUCACCACCAUAUCUCGAAUGGCACGAAACAAGACUCCUCAAACCCAACGCAGGAAAGUGACGAGGGGUCUCACGAAUCAAGUACAUUCGAAAAGGCGCGAGCCCAUGGAAAAUGGGGCACAGCAGAGCCCAGUGAGAUAUUUCUUCGAGUAUACCAUGAUGCUCUGACCGCGGUUGAAAAGAAGCCCGAAACUGGAGUCGUGUCCCCUUCCCUGCUAGGAAGUACCGGAAUAGUCCCUCUCACAAUCGUUUCGCCUCUACCUGAUCUUUGCCGCCACCUCGGAAAUUGCAUUGCAAGAGCUGAGCAUGAGGUUUUCCUUGGCACAAACUUUUGGAUACAUUCUGGUGCCUCCACCCUAGUUACCAAUGGAAUUCGUGAGCUUUCGAAACGAGCAGGCGAACGUGGACAAAAGGUUGUGAUGAAGAUGGUGUAUGAUAGGGGAGACCCUCGUCAGUUGUGGGAUAACCGAUUAAGCGUCCACGAAGACAACUACACCAGCGAUCAAGUUAACCUCCCACACCCCAACGAAAUUCCCAAUGUUGAUCUCCAGGUGAUCAACUUCCAUCGCCCAUUACUGGGCACUUUUCAUGCCAAGUUUACCGUUAUAGACCGUCGCAUUGCCCUUUUACAAAGCAGCAAUAUCCAAGAUAACGAUAACCUCGAGAUGCUUACCCACAUCGAGGGUCCAAUCGUUGAUUCAUUUUAUGACACGGCUUUGCUAUCAUGGGGCAAGCCACUCGACCCGCCUUUUCCUUCUUUGAGCUCGCCGGCCUCAAAUGCGCCAAUUCCUUCUCAUGCAAAAGAGGAGAAGGAAUACCCCGAGAAAAACCUGCAAGAUCUACCAGAGCAUACGACAGAGUCUCAGCACUACGAUGAUAACCUCGACCUUGAGGCGCAGAGGGUGAACCACAGCAUUGCACCUCGUGGAGAUGAGACACCGACUCAAGCAGUGACGCGACAUUUGAACACAACUAUCCAGCCUGACACAACUGGUGAUGCACCUGACACUGACCAAGAUCCGAGAAUGAAACUUUACUCCAUCUUGCCUCGCCAUGAUCCUGUACCCAUGGCCCUUGUGAAUCGGUAUUCAUACGGAUCUCCAAAUCAUGAAAGCCAUAACACCCCACAGAACAAUGCCUGGAUCUCCGCAAUUAAUAAUGCGAAGCACUCCAUAUUGAUUCAAACCCCGAACAUGAACGCUGAGCCACUUCUUGAGCCACUUCUAAAUGCCGCUCGCAGGGGCGUGAUAGUCUCCUGUUAUUUGUGCCUGGGCUACAAUGACGCAGGCGAACUUCUUCCAUUCCAAAAUGGUACCAACGAAAUGAUUGCAAAUCGACUAUACAACGCUCUUGAAUCAGAAGACGAAAAGAGCCGUUUGCGCAUUUGCUACUACGUGGGGAAGGAUCAAACGCGCCCCAUCCACAACUCUUUCAAGAAGCGAAGCUGUCAUAUUAAAUUGAUGAUAGUUGAUGAGCAAAUCGCCAUUCAAGGAAACGGAAAUCUAGAUACACAGUCGUUCUACCACAGCCAAGAGGUAAAUGUAUUGAUCGACUCGAGCUUGAUCUGCAAAUCUUGGUUGGAACAAAUUCAUGGAAAUCAAAAUACACACAAGUAUGGCGCAGCAAGUACGAAGGAUGGCUGCUGGCAUGACCCUGAGACUGGAAAGAUCCCAGAUGGCUCGGUGGGUACAAACCCAGGGAAGUUUGGCUGGGCCAAAGGAGCUGUCGGGGCAAUCAAACGCGUGCGAGGCGUUGGUGGGUUCUAA